CCAGGAAACAUCCUCCCAACGGUCCUGUCCCCCCCACCCGCAUCAAAGAGCUCUUCAAGGAAAGGAAAGCUUACAAAAAACUUUUUUCCAAAAGAAAGUGUGGGAACCCCCCUUGAAAAACCAAAGUCCCCUUUUGUGGGCGUGGCUUUCUUACAGCAACAUGUGCCUCUUACUCCCGUGAGCGUGAAAGGGCCACACAGAAAACAGAAACAGCCAACCAAAGACUUCAAGUCAUUCUAAUGGCACUGGAGCGACGCAAUUUCUGCGAUCCUAAUGUAUUUCACACACUGUUGACAGCUCUCAUGGCAGAGCCAGCACUGGAAGCAGUUGGACGUGAGAUGAAAGGGAUUUAUGACGAUGAAGAGCAGGGAAUACAGCAGCAGCAGCAACCAAACACUCAACAGGGAAAUGAAACUGAAGCCACAAGACGUAGAUUCCGAGCAUGCAUCAUCCUUUAG